UUCUGUAGGGAGGCGGAGCCCGCCAUUUCCGGUAGGGCCGCCGAGCGGUCCGGCCCCGCCAUGGAGAAGCUGCGGCGGGUGCUGAGCGGACAGGAUGACGAAGAGCAGGGGCUGACGGCGCAGGUUCUUGAUGCCUCAACACUGAGCUUUGGUACACGAGUCAAGUGGUUUGCCAUAUGUUUCAUUGCUGGCGUUGCAUGUUCUAUUCUUGGAACAGCAUUGUUAUGGCUCCCAAAGGGAAUCAAACUUUUUGCAGUGUUUUACACCCUGGGAAACAUUGCUGCAUUGGCCAGUACAUGUUUCCUCAUGGGGCCUCUGAAGCAACUGAAGACGAUGUUUGAGCCCAAAAGAUUAGUUGCUACACUUGUAAUGCUGCUCUUUCUAGUUUUGACUCUGUGUGCUGUUUUCUGGUGGAACAAAAAAGGCUUGGCACUGAUAUUCUGCAUAUUGCAGUUCUUGGCAAUGACCUGGUAUAGUUUGUCAUAUAUUCCUUAUGCGAGGGACGCUGUGAUAAAAUGCUUCACGUCCUGUCUGGAAUAAAUUGCAAACAAGGACCGCCGUGUACUUUAAAGCAACUCUUCUGUGAACUUCCCUUGGAAAGCCUUACUUUUCCACUCCUGCAAUUCCCAGUAACAGUUUAGUAUUUUCCUCCCCUUUUGCCUUUGGGGGGUUAAAUAACUUUUACUAGAAACAGUUUUCAAACUACACGGGAUGAACUUUUCACCCUGAAACCUUCAGGCUUUUUAACCAAAAAAAAAA